AGAAGGGAAUGGAGUAUUCUUGCUCCCUCCCGCACUCGUUUAGUUUCGUCCGUAACCCGGUAGAUUUUCCUGUGACCGUUACAACUUCCUUUCUUGUGGCAGCCAUCGAGCAAAAUGGCAAAGAUCAAGGCCAGAGACCUGCGUGGAAAGAAAAAGGAGGAGCUGCUGAAACAGCUGGAUGAUCUUAAAGUGGAACUUUCCCAGCUCCGCGUUGCCAAGGUUACCGGUGGAGCUGCAUCCAAACUCUCCAAGAUCCGCGUUGUCCGCAAGUCCAUCGCCAGAGUCCUCACAGUCAUCAACCAGACACAGAAGGAGAAUCUGAGGAAGUUUUACAAGGGUAAGAAGUACAAGCCUUUGGACCUGAGGCCCAAGAAGACGCGCGCCAUCCGUCGUCAGCUGACAAAACACGAGCAGAACCUGAUGACCAAGAAGAUGCAGAGGAAGUCCCGCCUCUACUCCAUCCGCAAAUUCGCCGUCAAGGCUUAAGAGAGGCUGUACUGUUGUUUUUCACUGAAAAAAUAAACACCCCACCCUGGAAUUAA